AGCAAAAUAGGCUGCGAGGGACUGAUUACAAGACUCUUAUUCCUCUUCAUAACACAGUAUGGCAGACUCCCCUAUACACCAGAUACUUCUAUAGUCCCCAAGAAGAACCAGAAAUCAUAUCUGCUGGGCUUUGAUGUGGGAGACACAAGCGAUGGGAGAAGUUUCCAUUGUGGAAUUUUACCAGUGACCGAGAGGAAGGGAACUAAAAACAACCUUGUGACCAGCUUUUUAAAUAGGUAUGUGAGCAGGGUUGCUUGGCUCUCCAGGUGAGGACUCCCGGCCAGCCUUGCCUGGGCUGGAAAUCAUCUGUGCUGUGCCCGCUGGUUUUGCCAUGUGGCACUUGACUGAAAAGCGGCCUCAGAACUAUACCCACCUGCUCUAAAAGGGAAGGCGGGGACCAUGACGAGCGACUUAGCAGUUGGUGCCCUGGUGCCCAGGCAGGAGGACGCGCUGCUGGAGCAGAAGCCGCAGCAGGAGCCUCUGGAGGGCUGAGUGACAGCUCGGGGAGGAGGUGGUCCUCUCCUCCCAGCGGGGGAUCCUCCGGUGUGACAGGCGCAGCUUUUAGUACAAACCCAGCCGCUCGUUACCAGGGCAGCACUUUGCCCACGGGGACUCUCUGGAAGCCCAACAGCAGGAUCAGCCGCUGGCGGUGCCAGCAGCAAUAGGAGGCGUCCCUGGCCACCCAUCCCGCAGUGAAGAGCAGGAAGAGGACUCCGAUCGCCUGGACUCUCAUCCGCGGCAGCCGGGAGAGAGCCGCAGCGCGUCCCCUCUCCAAGGACUGGCCUGGAAACCCAGUGGGGGCAGAAGCUCCCAGUAGCACCCAGCAGCUGCAGAACCCAAGGGCACCCCCCAAUCUCGUCACCACCCAGCGGCAGCUUCCCAGUUGGACACACAGCAGAACCCUGCAGGGGCAUUAGCUAAGGGUGGCAUCCAGCCGCGCACAGCACCAGCUCUCCAGGGUGCCCCUCCUCACCAGCCGCAGCACCCGAUAGCAGCACCCAAGGCCAGCAGCGCCGAGGGGGCGACCAUGGCCCUGCUCAAGCUCUUCCUCAUGGCCUUCAGCUUCGUCUUCUGGGCUGCGGGGCUGACCAUGCUCACCCUGGGCAUCUGGGCCAAGAUCUCGCUGGGCAGCUACCUGGUGCUGUCCGCCAACCAGUACCCCAACACCCCCUUCAUCUUGCUGGCCACGGGCGCCGCCGUCCUGGUCUGGGGCUUCCUGGGCUGCUUCAGCGCCGCCACCGAGCACCGCUGCCUGCUGCGCACCUACGCGGCCUUCCAGCUGGCGGUGCUGGCGGCCGGGCUGGCGGCGGGGCUCUCGGCCUUGUUCUACCGCAGGGACAUCGCCGAGGGCUUCCGGGCCGGGCUGCGGGAGGCGGUGCGCGCCUACGGCGAGGACGAGCAGAAGGCGGACGCCCUGGACUCCCUGCAGCGCGCCCUGGACUGCUGCGGGGCCGAGAGCUACCGCGACUGGCUCGCCUCGCCCUGGUCCCUGGCGCAGCCGGGGCGCAACGGCUCGGUGCCGGGCAGCUGCUGUCGGGCGCGCCGGGGCUGCCUACACAGCCCACUGCCGCCCGAAGCCCGCGGCAUCCACCGCGACGGCUGCUUCGCCAAGGUCUCCGGCUUCGUCAGCGACAACCUGUUCUACAUCGCCACGGCCGCGCUGGGGCUGGCGCUGCUGCAGGGCGUGGGCAUCGUGCUGGCCUGCCUGCUGGCCGCCCGCCUCCGCCCCGCGCCGCGCUGAGCGCGCCCCCUCCAGCGCCCAGCCCCGACCGCCCGCAGCGCCCGGCCCGGGGUAUUCCCAGCGCCCGCGGCCCCGACAGCCCGCAGCGCCCGGCCCGGGGUGUUCCCAGCGCCCGCGGCUCCAGCUUCUGCCCCGGGAUUCCCUACCCGGAGCCCGUCCUUCUGCCAGCCCCGCGGCCGUCAGCCCCGCGGCCCCCCUCCUACACUAAGGCUAUCCCGGGCACCCCCACCCCCACGCACACUCCUCUCUGGGCACUGACUGGCCACCACUACUACGUGCCCUAUCUUCUCCCUCCCCGAGCUGCCUGGAGAGCCCUCUGCCGUGCUACUCCAGGGACUGGAGCAGCGCCACCCCCUCCCCCCAUUCCUCCUCCUCUGGGGACUAGAGCAGCUGCUCUCCCCCCCUCCCCCCAUGCUACCCUCCUUCUCCACCACCUCCUUGGAGAACUAGAUCGGCAGCACCAACUCUGCCCUCCUGUCCCCUUGCUUCCCCCGGCCUCAGCCCUCCCCGGGGAGCUCAUCCGCCUGCACGCGGCCGCGGAAACCGUGGCUGGGCUAGAGACUUUCCCGUACAAACAGCGGUGGGAGGAAGAACGAGCAUCGCUCUCUCCCGAGCCGGCGGGUGAGACUUUCCUGUAACAUAUACACGUCUGGCGUCCCUGCAAGGGGAGAGAGGGUAGGAGUCUGGGCACGAGAGGGGCUUUACCCGCCAGCGACGUUAGCGGAGUUUCCUUGGGAGAAGAGCGGGGUUUGAUUUUCCAAAGGGAGCUGUUAUCUCGACAGACAAUGGGCGGCCGUAGGUUUUAGCUGGUGAACGGAGCUGUCAAUAGACCCCUCUGUUGGUCGGUUGGUUCCGGGGAUAGUCCUUGAAAGGCCAGAAGGCUGAGACAGCUAAGUGCUUCCGUAGGGAAUUGCAAGUCCCCCACUAACACCCCGGACUUUUGCUCUUCACCUGCAGGCCAGGUCCCGCCUACGGGUCCUCGCUGCUGAGCAGAGAUUGUUCCUAUUGAACGUAAGUUAAUGAAAGCUGCAGCAUUCCGCACCCUUCUUCUCCUGCUGGCUGCUGCACUGCGCACCCCGCUCCUCUCUCCGCGAGCUGAAAGCGCUGUCCGGCCUUGCAAGGCUCCCCUUAUUGUUACCCAGCGAGCCUUUUACAUCCCCGAGGGGCUGUGCCAGCAACAGGGACAGCCGGAUCCGAGUGAAGAGACUGGCAACUCCCCCGCCCCCUGGAUUUCAGGGAGAAGAAGAGGGAGGUCUACACGAUUUCUAACGCGUUCUCCGGGGGAAGUUAAGACAUCCCUUCAUUCGCUUAGGACACGGACAAGCGCCCAUUGAAUCUUCGCCCCCCGAUUUCCGUGAGGGUUUAUAGAACGACGUUUCCAGUCUCGUGCUGGUUUACAGAACGCUGUUCAGUCUGGCAAUUCUCCCUUUUUCUAAGGAUCCUGCUUUAACAGGGCUCUCUGGCUCCCGCCCCAGCCCUUUAAAAAGCUGUUGCUUAGAGGAAAACCGCUGUUAUUACUGUAUCACCGUGUGCGGGUUAGGCUAUAGAAGGGAUCGGCAACCUUUGGCACGCUGUUUCCCGCAGCCCCCCAUGGGCUUGGAGCGGGGAACCAGGACCAGUGGGAGCCGCAAUCGUCUGAACCUGGGGACCCGGCCCGGCCCAUCGGGGUGCUUACCCUGGCGGCCGCGUGCCGAAGGUUGCCGAUCCCUGGCUAUAGUAUGCGCAAUGUAAGAGCUUUGUACUCCCCCCCCCCCCGACCAGCUUCGGAACCACAAAAGGCCGCGCAGUAGAAGCCCUAGCAAAAGACAAGGUUCACUUUUAAGAGCUCGUUUUUGCUCCCCCACGUCCCCGCUUUAGUUUCCCCUAAAAUGGGCAUUUACCUGCCGUUUUAACCUGUGUCUCCCUUCUGACUCAAGCCAUUCAUAGGCAGAGCAAUGGCCUUUUGAUCCCGCCAGCUAGAUGAGUGAUAACGGGCUAAGCAGGAGCCUUGCAGGAGGGCAGAAAGAGGAUGGUUUCUGCAGGGGGAAGGCAGUUUCAGGCUGGAAUUUCUGCAAGAGGAGCUUGCCACCUUCAGUGAAAUUAACUGCAAAAGGCUAUUCGCGCUGUGCUAUCGGAACGCCAGGGAAUAUUUGACAGUAAACAGCGAUCACAAGCUGCGUUUGACUUAAGUGAGCCAGCUCGGAGCCCGGGAGUUUCUGACUGACAGCUCCCGUCACAAUGUACCAUCGUCAACGGACAAUCGCCACCCUGCGUUCCUCAGUCAUUGGAAUAGUCACCUAAGGAUUAGUAGGGGUUGCAAGAUCUAGCCCAAAGUGCGUGAAAUAAAUAGACGGGGCAGCUGCUUUUUAGCAUGGUAGAACUUCCUCCCAGCGAAGCCUAACCAGCCCGUCUUCUCCCAAACCCAUCGCUGGCUUUUUAACUCUUUUUGCUUGUUCCGUAGGAAUGGGAUUGAUGAAGCGGGGAAGUGGUCAGUUACUGAGAGGGAAGCGUCUCUGACAUGCAGCAAUAUUAGUAAGGCAGGAGGGCAGGACCAAGGGGGAAACCCGCUUAACCAACAAGCUAUUUGAAUGUAUCAGAGGGGUAGCCGUGUUAGUCUGGCUCUGUAAAAGCAGCAAAGAGUCCUGUGGCACCUUAUAGACUAACAGACGUAUUGGAGCAUGAGCUUUCAUGGAUGCAUCCGACAAAAUGGGUAUUCACUCAGGAAAGCUUAUGCUCCAAUAUGUCUGUUAGUCUAUAAGGUGCCACAGGACUCUUUGAAGCUAUUUGAAUGUGAUUGUCCCCACGCUGCAGCCCCAAGGAGAGCGAGGUGACUGCAAUUCUCAGCUGUGCCCCCGCCAAGCUGUGUCACAUGUGCAAAGGCGGAAAGCGAGCUUUCCGAUCCCUGCCUUUGCAGGAAGAAAAUAUCCUCUUCUGUUAGCGCUCCUUUCAGGCUGACUGUCCGCCGUCUGGGGAAUUUCAAUCCCAGAGCUUUGCAACUGCACUGGACAAGCUUUAUAAUGAAACCCAGAGUCCGCUUGCAAUGAGCCUGAAGGGGGCUUGUUCGACAGGAUCGCAAGUGCGCAGCUCUACGGCCGUGGUUUUCAGGCUGUGGUCCGGACCUUGGGGGACUGCACACUACGUUUAAGAUUUCCAAAGGGGUCCAGCUCCAUUCAAAGUUUUUUAGGGGUCCAUACAUGCAAAAAAGGUUGGAUGCCCCAGAGCAGUGUUUUCAAGUCUUGAGAGAGAAGAACGUCACCUACAAUUCUUACCUUGGGGAUCAAAUACUGCUUUAUUAUAUUUCACAUUAUUUUCAUAGCUACAUCGUGUUGGUCCCUGGCCUAGGCCAUAUACUACCUAUCAUUUGGUUCACAUGGAAGAAUUUUUUCCAUUGAUUUUCCCCCCAGAACGUAGUGUCCACAACUGGAAGGGCUCUGCAUGGAUUCUUUGGAGUAAGAAACCAUUAUGGGGUGCAGACUGGGAAGGGAUUUCCCCAUGAGAAAAUCUUUGGGCAGUAGCUCUCCUCUUUUUGCCUGUGUACAUAAUACCUUUCACAAGGGGCCUGGUCCUGACUGGUCACAACACAAAUAACAACCGCUAGUAACUUUUUGCAUGCACUUAUUGAAAACAUUACUUGCACCAGUUAAUUUUCCAGGGGAUCCUCUUAGUCUGCAAUCUGAUUGGAAAGGAUCAUUCCAACCCACCCCCGCCACCCUCUCUUUAGCAGAAAAGGAUACAGUUGUUCUUUUGUUCUUUUAAAAAAAGUUUAACUAUUACUAUAUUUAAAAAUCCUGCUCCAAAUAAUUUCAUUUCUGGGACCCCGAUUCCAAUGAUCCUUUUUCAUGUCAGAGUCACUAGGUGUUUUGUGUUAUUGUAUUAACUAUAGUGCCAUAUUUCUCCAAGUGAAGUCAGAGGCAAAACUCCUAUUAACUUCAAAGGGAGGAGGGUCUAAUUCUUAUUUUGAAAUAUGAUCUCUUAGGUCUUUGCUCUUUAAAAAAUACCUGGAAAUCUCUGUCUUUCCCAUUGUUUAAGGUUUAUUAACAGGUCUCCUGUUCUGUUACUCAGCCAGCCUUACUUAUGAGAAAGUCUGCCUGAUUUCAAUGAGAAUUUGUCCCAACUGCAGGUCCAGGCUUAUUGAAAAUGUAAAAAAUGUUUUCUUCAAGGAGUCAGUUACCAUUUGAAUGUUCAUCACUGUGCCUGAUUUGUCUAUACUACUCAAAAAGGUGCAAUAUCAAGGAAGUGAUGAACCAAGCUUAGUAUUUUACUAUUUUGUAAGUAAAUUACCAUAGGCUUGUAUUAAUUUUAUAAUGCCUGGAUGUUGGUUGACAACUUAUAACAUGAUGUAAAUAGUUAUUUCCAAGAUAAAGAUAUAUAUGUAUUGAUAUUUAAGUGAGUCUGCUGAAUAGAUACUCCAAAAAAUGCUAAUGAUUAAAAGUCAUUUUUCACAGUCAACCAGAGUGUUUAAAUCAAUAUCUCAGUGUUUACAACGUAAGAAGUGUAA